UAACAGCAGCAGAUGAACACACCUCCUCUCCGAUGGAUAAGCUCGUGUUCCUUUUGGUCCUUCUAUCUCAAGCAGCUUCUGAUGUGGUACGAGUGAAACCUGGAGAUGACGUCAUUCUGCCAUGUCAGGCUGGUGAAGCCUCCAUCAGAGCUGUAGAAUGGAGCAGACCUGACCUGCAGCCAGAGUACGUCUUCCUUUACAAAAGUCGACUAUCAGAUCCAACCUACCAGCACCCAUCAUUUAAAGGCCGGGUGCAGCUGGUGGACAGAGAGCUGAAGGACGGAGACGUGUCUUUAAUUCUGAAGAACGUGAGCAGCAACGACGCUGGAACAUACGAGUGUCGAGUUGCAGCAAGUGAGUCAAGUGAGAAAGCUGUCAUUGAGACUGAGCCAAUCAGAAUCUACCAGCUGGAUGUUUCAGGGUCCAACAGCGGAGACGUCGAGGAGGGAAACUACAGACUUUACUACGGACUGGGAGCAGCUUUUGUUCUGGUUUGUUUAGCUGCUGUUGGAUUGGCUGUUGGCUUGAAAUAUAAAAGUCAUAAGAACAAGAAACCAGAACAGUCUGCUGCUGAUGAAGCAGGGAGCGAUCAGCUCAUCUGACAUGUCACAGAUCUCUUUCCACCCCGUAUCAUAUAUUCAACAUGAUUUUGUUGAAGUGUGAAUGUGUAAAUCUGCAGUUUAAGGCUCUCCACCAUGAGGGUCUGCUUCAUCAGCUCAAACAAAUUUCCCCCUUCAAAGAUUGCUACCUUACUGUGGUGGGCCUCUUGACCCUGGCAGUUUUUCUAUCAGCACAACUUUUAGUCAGGUCUCCCAUGAAUUGGUCUCAUGGACGGGUCAGACUAAAUGCAAUCCAAUCAAAAUAUCCACACCAGGGAUGGAAAAAUACGACAAAAUUCUACUUAAGUAAAGUAAACUGUCUUGAAUUACAUAAGCUGCACUCAGAUACAAGUAAAAACUAGUUAAAUGUGCUGAUUAUGAUGAUCAUGAUGAUAUUAUAUUAAAUUAAAGAAGCUUCAGGCUCCAAAAUAAAGUGCAUUAACUUGUCAGUGUUCACAGUGGAACAUUUAUUUUCUAUAGACGCACUCUGCAGCCUGUUCAUCCCACUAAUGAUCAGUUAUAAAUAUCCAACCAGCUUCCUCUGUAGCCUCGCUGGAAUUAACCAGAAAAGAGACAAAACUCUGACGAUCAAACAAAAAUGUCUGACAGUAAAUAGAAAGAGCUGUGGACACUGCAGCAGGUGCAACACGCUUCAUUAAGCUACAUUUAAUAAGCUGCUACUUAAACAGCAGAAUAAAGCAUCAAUAAGGCAGCACAGAGAUCUAGAGACAAUAUAAACUCCACAGCAGCUGCAGCAGAUAAAAAUACUGAGGUACAAGUAAAAUAUCUUUUAAAAACAAUCAGACUAUAAAAGUACUUUGUUACAGUAAGGAGAGUAAAUGUAGCUGGUUGUUUGCAGCCUCUGCACUGCUGUAUCACAGGGAGCUUCAUGAACAGAUUAACCAGCUUUAAACAGAAACACAGCUUCUGAUGUCUGAAAUGCCAGCAGACAGAGCGCAAACCAAACCUGUUGAAACCAGGUGGAAAGAGGUCUGUGUGUCUCAGAUCACAGCUAAUCAUACAUUGAAUCUGUAUUGUGAAUAUUGUGAAUAUUAUAUUAUAUUUUCCUUUGUAAUUUGAUGGUGCCUUAUACAAAACCUGUGGUGUCUGAAUAUAUUUAGAUGUUUUAAGCUAAUGAUAUUAAAAUAAUGUAGCCUUUCUAUCUACAAAGUAGAGUUACAUGAUCUGUACAGACGGACAUGAAGUCAUAAAAUAACAUGAAUAAUGCAAAAAGCAUGCGUGAUGUGUUAAAUAAAAUGAGGUAGGGACUAGAUAAACAUUUCUGAAUGAAUAACUUGCACUCUGCACAAAACGAUACUUUUUACUGUUUUAACUGUUUUUAUGUACAUGUGUAUGUAUAUAUUUUGCAAAACAAAUGAAAAAGACUACACCUGUGGUCAAAGCACUUGAUAUAACUCAGUAAGUCUGUCUGUACAGAGUUUACUGAUUAAGAAAUAAAAUGGAAUUAAAUGAUAUAUACAGAAAGACAUGGUUAUGAAAUAAUGUGAAUUAUAAAAAAAUGUUAGAUAAAACAAGGUAUGGAAUUUAAACACAUUUCUGAAUAAAAACAAGUUCAGUAACAGCUGACUGAUAUUCAA